GAGACCUCCCACCACUCCACGUUAGAGAGCCUCGGGGGCACAGGUGCACAAAGACUCCGCCCCCUCGUAGCCCAGCUCUCUAGGAAGCCCCGCCCCUCUACCGUUGUAGCCACGCCCACAACCAGGAGCGCCACCCCUUCCUCGAAGCCCCGCCUUGCCUAGAGACCGGCUCAGACCUCCCUCCACCCAAGUCCUUCAAGGUCCCAGGGUCCAGCUCGCCCGCCAGUACCAAGCCCUUUCUGCUGGCCACGACUGGAUCUCAUCAAACCCCACUCCUUCCUAGAGCCUCCCACUAGCCUCCCACCCGCCUCCCCAGGCCCCGCCCAGGCCACUCUAGCCUCUGCUUCUCUCGCUGGUGGCCACGCCAGGCCGCACUCGUCCUGGCUGCAGAAGGCGGCCUAGGGGUAGCUGCUGACGACGGCGGUGGGUAACUACGGUGUUGGGGUUGCGGCCCCCGGCAGGCCUGCGCCGUCACUCCUCCGGACCGGGCGUCGAGGACUGCGCCUCCUUGUUGCUGAGACCCACAGGCCUCCAAGAGGGUCUGUGUUCCAUCUCCUGCGCCUGAUGCCCCAUUUAAGCUCAUGCCCGCCCAGCCCACACCACAAACUGCGCUUCCCUGUCUUUGCCAGCUGAAUUAGUCCUUCCUCUCCACAGUUGAAGCUCCCCAUCCCAUCUCCUCAAAUUCAAUCCUGCUGGAGGCGUCAUGGCCCCCAAGCCUGGGGCUGAGUGGAGCACUGUCUUGUCCCACCUUGCUCUUGGAGUGGUGUCUCUGUAUGCAGCGGUGAGCUCCGUGCAAUCAAGUCGAGGAGCUGCUGCUGGCUUCCUGCUCCAGGCCUUGGCUGCUGCCACCACACUGGUCCCAGGGCUGGGCACACAUGAAGACUGUCUUGCUGGAGCCUGGGUGGCCACAGUCAUCGGUCUGCCCCUUCUGGCCUUCGAUUUCCACUGGUGUACUAAUGGUCACUUGAUGUGCGCUGGCUGUUUUAUCCACCUACUAGCAGAUGCCCGGCUGAAGGAGGAGCAGGCCACGUGCCCCAACUGUCGUUGUGAGAUCAGUAAGAGCCUCUGCUGCCGGAACCUGGCCGUGGAGAAAGCCGUGAGCGAGCUGCCCUCAGAGUGUGGCUUUUGCCUACGCCAGUUUCCCCGCUCCCUCCUGGAGAGGCACCAAAAAGAGGAAUGCCAGGACAGGGUAACUCAGUGCAAGUACAAGCGCAUUGGCUGUCCAUGGCAUGGCCCUUUCCAUGAGCUGACAGUACAUGAGGCUGCAUGUGCCCACCCAACCAAGACAGGCAACGAGCUGAUGGAGAUAUUAGAUGAAAUGGACCAGAGCCAUCGCAAGGAAAUGCAGCUCUACAACAGUAUCUUUAGCCUGCUCAGCUUUGAGAAAAUCGGCUACACAGAAGUCCAGUUCCGGCCAUAUCGCACAGAUGACUUUAUCACGCGCCUCUACUAUGAGACACCACGGUUCACAGUGCUGAACCAGACAUGGGUCCUGAAAGCUCGUGAGAAUGACUCAGAGCGCAACCCCAACCUGUCGUGCAAGCGUACGCUUUCCUUCCAGCUCCUCCUCAAGAGUAAAGUCACAGCGCCCCUGGAAUGCUCCUUCCUGCUGCUUAAGGGCCCAUACGAUGAUGUGAGGAUCAGUCCUGUUAUCUACCACUUUGUCUUCACCAAUGAGAGCAAUGAGACAGACUAUGUGCCCCUGCCCAUCAUCGACUCUGUGGAGUGCAACAAGCUGCUAGCUGCCAAGAACAUCAACCUGCGGCUCUUCCUCUUCCAGAUACAGAAGUAGGAUGGACCCAAGACUCCCGAGGAGCAGAGGGCCAUGGCCUGGCACCACUUUCCUCUUCACCCUUGGCUUGGCAGUGGCUUCACACAACUAUCUGAUCAUUUUAGGAAAGGAGGAGAACAAGCAAAAUCAAACACUGGGAAAGUCUGCAUGUGUGUGUGAUGCAGUCCCCACCUCCAGCUCCCCACUCCCCCUGCCACCCCUUUCCCAGGGCAGCUGGAGGCUGGGCUGACCUCAGAGGAGACGGUGCUCUGGGCUCCUCAGGCUCAGGGCCAGCAGCAAGGAGGGUGAGAAGCCUGCGGCCCCUCUCCAAUCCCAUCCUCAGCUUGGUUGCACUUCCUGCCCUGGUUCCUGGCUGGGCUCAGGGGCCCUCGUGGACUGCAGAAGGUGAUUUGAUUGUGAUUAAAAAGGCAGCCUUGUUUCCUA